AUGGUUUACGGAGUCCUCUUAGGCGCGUUGAUUAUUGGAGGCGCAGGCUCGGGAUGGUACUUCAAACAACCUGUCGGAAAAGUUCAGUUUCCGAGCUUGUACGAAGCCGAUAUCGAAACGGUGACGAAGGGCUUGGGGCAGAACCAAUUCACCAGUGUGGAUCUCACUUACAUCGCUCGUAUCAACGAAGUGAAAGACGUACUACGCCCAGUAGUCGAGAUCAAUCCCGAUGCGCUGGAGAUAGCGAGUGGGCUUGACGAGGAGCGCUCGAGGGGUAUGGUGCGAGGACCGCUACAUGGCAUUCCUAUCCUCAUCAAAGACACGAUCGCCACGAAAGACAAGAUGAACAACACUGCUGGAUCUUACGCGCUGGUCGGAGCUAAGGUUCCAUCCGAUUCGACCAUCGCAAAGAAACUCAGAGAAGCAGGCGCCAUCAUCCUGGGGAAGACAAAUCCCAGCGAAUGGGGCAGCUUUAGGAUACCAUGGAACUCGAGCAACGGCUGGUCGGCAUACGGUGGACAGACAUAUGGAGCGUUCUAUCCUCAUCAAGAUCCGUCUGGUAGUUCCAGUGGGAGCGCCGUUGCAGCUUCGCUUGGUUUGGCUACAGUUACCUUGGGCGGAGAGACGUAUGGUUCAAUCAUCGACCCCGCCAGUUGUAAUAACAUCGUUGGAAUGAAGCCAACUGUUGGGUUUACCUCUCGUCAUCUCGUGAUCCCAAUCAGUGAGCGCAUGGACACCAUCGGCCCCCUAACAAAAACCGUCAAAGACUCCGCCUACGUCCUCCAAAGCAUCGUGGGCAUCGAUACACAGGACAACUACACCUCUGCCAUCCCAGACAACGCCGACAAAGACUUCAUCGGCGCCUGCAAACUUUCCGCCCUCAAGGCCGCACGACUAGGCGUACCUCGCAACGUAAUUAGGCUCAUGUCCGACAAUACAACAGCAUCCAUAGUCACAGCAUUCAAUUCCACCCUAGACAUACUCCGCUCAUCUGGCGCCACAAUCCUAGAAACCGAUUUCCCAGCCGCCCAAGGCUUUCUCGACGACAGCCUCCUAGGCCUACAAAUCAUGUCCGCUGAUUUCGUCGUAAACAUCGAAUCGUACCUCAAACGCCUCACCUAUAACCCACACAACAUCUCCACCCUGGCCUCUCUCCGCGAAUGGACACAGAAAAGCCCACUGGAAGGCUACCCAGCCAAAUCAACAGGAGUUUGGGACUUUGCGUUGGGGAAUUGGAAUAAUACGACUCCAGAAUUUUGGCAAGCGUAUCAGAAAGGUCUGUACUAUGAUAGCGAAGGAGGAUUGCUUGGAACGAUAAAACAGCAUAAACUUGAUGCUGUUGUCCUGCCGUCGAGGUUUGCAUGGUACUUUGCUGCUGUUGCUGGGGCGCCAGUUGUUUCUAUACCGAUGGGGACUAUGGGGGAUGAGCAGCCGGUUGUGGCUGAUCCUGAUGGGUUGGUGCAGUCGGCGCCGGGUAUUCCGUUUGGGUUCAGUUUCCUGGGUGAUAGGUUUGCUGAUGCAAAAAUUAUUGGGCUGGCUUAUGCUCUUGAGCAGCGGACGCUUGUGAGGGGUAAAGUGAAGCCGAUUGUUAAGCCACGGACUGAGCUGGGAGAUGUUGUUGGGGAGACGUAG